AUGUUCCCACAGGGCUCAGAGACAGAAAUGGCAGAGAGCGCAGGGCUGCAGUUUGUCAGCCCCUUUGCUUUUGAAGCCAUGCAGAAGGUGGAUGUGGUGCGCCUGGCUGCCUUAAGUGAUCCAGAGCUGAGGCUGCUGCUUCCCUGUCUGGUGAGGAUGGCUUUAUGUGCCCCUGCUGAUCAGAGCAACUCCUGGGCACAGGACAAGAAGCUCAUCCUGCGCCUGCUCUCUGGAGUGGAAGCUGUCAACUCCAUCGUAGCCCUUCUGUCGGUGGACUUUCAUGCCCUGGAGCAGGACGCACGCAAGGAACAGCAGCUUAGACACAAAGCGGGUGGCUCCAAUGGGGAAAGCAUCCUGGUGUCCCAGCUACAGCACGGCCUGACCCUGGAGUUCGAGCACAGUGAUCCACUCAGGAGACUCCGUCUGACCCUCAGUGAACUCUUAGCUAUUAUGAAUAAGGUGGCAGACUCCAAUGGGGAGUUUUUUUUAAAGUCCUCUGAGCUCUUUGAGAGCCCUGUGUAUUUGGAAGAGGUGGCAGAUGUUCUCUGCAUUUUACAAGCAGAAUUGCCUUCUUUGCUGCCCAUCGUGGACGUAGCAGAGGCUUUGCUUCACGUGCGCAACGGCGACUGGUUUCUAUGUCUGCUUGUUGCCAACGUGCCUGACAGCUUCAAUGAAGUCUGCAGAGGCUUGAUCAAGAACGGGGAGCGUCAGGAUGAGGAGAGUAUGGGUGGCCGGCGCAGGACCGAGGCCCUCAGGCAACUGUGCCAGAUGAACCCCUCACAAGCCCUCAACAUCAGAGCCAUGGCGGUAGAGGAGUGCCACCUGCCUGGUCUGGGCGUGGCUCUUACUUUGGACCACAAACCGGACACAGCAGAUGAGGCGGUCAGCCCGCUCGUCUCUUACGUCAGCGGCCUGCUGUUGGGCACCAACAGCAAAGUGCGCACCUGGUUCGGCAUGUUUAUUCGCAAUGGGCAGCAACGUAAGAGAGAAAGCAGCUCGGUGCUGUGGCAGAUGCGCAGACAGCUGCUGCUGGAGUUGGUAGCCAUCCUGCCACGCUCACGCAGCACGCACUGUCCCAACGACGACAACAUGGACGAUGGAGCCAGCUCGGGGUACUCGGGCCUCAGGGAGGAGCAUGUGGUGAAGGCCAGCGCUCUGCUCCGCCUGUACUGUGCUCUCAUGGGCAUUGCAGGUCUCAGACCUACAGAUGAAGAGGCAGAGCAGCUUUUGCAGCUGAUGACCAGCCGGCCCCCGGCCACGCCUGCCGGGGUUCGCUUCGUCUCGCUGUCAUUCUGCAAGCUUCUGGCCUUCCCUACCCUGGUCAGCACUCCAGAGCAAGAGCAGCUGAUGGUUAUGUGGCUCAGUUGGAUGAUCAAAGAGGAGGAAUACUUUGAAAGUGCUGCAGGCGUAUCUGCUUCUUUUGGAGAGAUGCUAUUACUGGUUGCCAUGUAUUUCCAUAGCAACCAGCUCAGCUCCAUUAUUGAGUUGGUGUGCUCCACUUUGGGGAUGAAGAUUGCCAUCAAGCCCAGUUCUCUGAGCAAGAUGAAGACCAUCUUCACACAGGAGAUCUUUACUGAACAGGUGGUUACAGCCCAUGCAGUCAGGGUUGCAGUGACCAACAACUUAAGUGCCAACAUCACAGGAUUUCUCCCCAUUCACUGUAUCUACCAGCUGCUUCGAAGCAGAGCCUUUACCAAGCACAAAGUGUCCAUUAAGGAUUGGAUCUACCGUCAGCUCUGUGAGACAACCACGCCCAUCCACACCCAACUGAUUCCUCUAAUCGAUGCUUACAUCAACUCCAUCCUCACUCCCGCAUCCAAGGCUAACCCGGAGGCCACCAAUCAGCCUAUCACUGAGCAGGAAAUCCUUAAUGUCUUCCAGAGCUCUGCAGCACAGGGAGACAGUACUCGAGGAGGACGGCAGCGCUAUUCCAUCACCACGCAGCUGCUUAUCCUUUACUACAUCCUUUCUUAUGAGGAGAACCUGCUGGCCAGCACUAAACAGCUGGCACUGAUGCAGAGGAAGCCAAAGUCUUACUCUGCAGCUUUGAUGGACCAGAUCCCCAUUAAGUACUUGGUUACGCAGGCCCAGGGGCUGCAGCAGGAGCUGGGGGGACUUCACUCUGCGCUGCUCAGGCUGCUCGCCACCAACUACCCUCACCUUUGUCUGGUGGAGGACUGGGUUUGUGAGGAAGAGGUGACUGGCACCGUACCUCUGCUGAGGAGGAUGAUGCUUCCUUCCAACACCUGUAGAUAUACUCAGAGCCAGCUCCACCAGGCCUUCCAGAAGUUACCAUCCAGCAGCCCCAGGCUGAUGCGGAUCCUGGAGCAUUUGACUUUGCUUUCACCUGGAGACCUGAUCCCGUAUGCGGAGGCCCUCACAGCCAGCAUGGCGCUGCUGCUGGAGCCCGCCGUGCCUCGCCGCCUACUGCAGACACUCAACAAGCUCUGGAUGAGCCUCAACACAGUGAUGCCACGAAGGUUGUGGGUGAUGACAGUAAAUGCCCUCCAGCCUUCGGCGAAGCUGCUCCGGCAGCAGAAAUACACUCAGAAUGACCUGAUGAUUGAUCCCCUGAUUGUUCUGCGCUGCGAUCAGAGGGUUUACAGAUGUCCUCCUUUAAUGGACAUAGUCCUCCACAUGCUAAACGGCUAUCUGCUGGCCUCAAAAGCCCACCUCCAAAGUCACCUGAAGGAGACGGCCGACUUUGAUCGGCAGAGUCAGACCGUCUCAAACCUGGGUGUGCCCGGACAACCGGAGACACCAGAAGUCACCAGGGAAGAGCUGAAGAACGCCCUCCUCGCAGCACAGGACAGCGCAGCGGUCCAGAUCCUUCUGGAGGUUUGUCUGCCAACGUCUGAAGAGCAGCAGCUUGGGGCCACUACGGAGAGUCUUUUGAGGAGCAUUCGGGGUCCGUUGCCGGGGAAACCGCAACAGGGAACGGUGGGGCCACCGGCCGCGGGGGGCGUGGAGGACCCUGAGCCUGAAGGAGGCCUGCUCAGCGACCUGAGGGAGGUGCAGUGCCUCAUCUGCUGCCUGCUCCAUCAGAUGUUCAUCGCCGAUCCCAACAUUGCCAAACUAGUUCACUUUCAGGGUUAUCCUCAGGCCCUUCUGCCUCUAACUGUGGCCGGCAUCCCCUCCAUCCAUAUCUGUCUGGACUUCAUCCCAGAGCUGCUGGCCCAGCCCCAGCUGGAAAAGCAGAUAUUUGCCAUCCAGUUGCUGUCAUACCUGUGCACCCAGUACGCUUUACCCAAAUCCCUGAGCGUGGCCAGGCUGGCCAUUAGUGUCAUGGGGACUCUUCUAACAGUGCUGACUCGUGCCAAGCGCUUCUCCUUCUUUAUGCCCACCCUGCCGUGCCUGGUGGCUUUCUGCCAGGCCUUCCCUCCUCUUUACGACGACGUGGCAGCUCUCUUGGUACAAGUGGGCCAGGUUUGUGCUUCCGAUGUGGCCACCAAAGCCAGGGACAUUGACCCUCUCAUAGCCCGCCUGCAGAAUCUGAAAGAGAAACCUCUGGAGGCUUCGGUUCCAGGAGGAGGCCCCUCUAAGCUGACUGUACCCCACAAGACAGCAGAAGACCUGGGGGGGGCCGACCCUGACGUCCAGCUCUGCUACUGCAUCGAAGCAACCUUCAUGGACAUAAUCAGCUCCACCCUCCACGGGCUUUAGGCAGAAAGGCUUCACUGGAACCAACAAACACUGCCUUUGAAAGACGCUGCUCACACUCCUCAGAGAGAUUCUGUCCGCAGGUCUUCAGCACACUUUAGUUUAGGGCCUUCAGGUUUCUCAGGUUGUGGUCUCCUGCCAUUCUGUGCACGUGAAGCCACGUGAACUGAUGGCUGCAUCCACUCAAGCUCGGCCUGGGUGCUGCCAUCAGGCUCUUCUGUGAAAACAAUUUCAAUUCAGUUGAAGACUGAGAGCGCUUUGUCCCAAUUUGUAGAAAGUAAAGUAUUAAAACUUUUCAACAGAUCUUUUUUUUUAACCUUACAGGUAUAUUUUUCUAAUGUCUUGUGAUCAUUUCUUUUCCUUAAACUGCUCAGUUAAAAUGUGGCUUUGAAUUGUGUAGAGCUUUUUUUGUACUGUAUUUGUUUGUAAUAAAACA